AUGAAGAUCAGUGGAAAGACAUUUAUUGUUACAGGAGGAUCGAGUGGAUUAGGAGAAGCAACAGUCAGAAGUUUACAUGAAAGAGGUGCAAAUGUUGUUAUCUUUGAUGUCAAUAAUGCACCAGAGUUGGAAAAGGAGUUGGGUACGGAUAGAUUACAAGUCUGUACAACUGAUAUUACAACUGAACAAUCAGUCAGAGAUUCAUUGUCGAUUGCCGUAAAGAAGUUUGGAAAGAUUCAUGGUGCAAUCAAUUGUGCUGGUAUUGCUGUUGCUAUGAAAGUAAUAAGUAAUAGAGGUGUCUUCCCAUUAGAUGUAUUUUCAAGAGUAUUGAAUAUCAAUGUCAGUGGUACAUUUAAUGUAAUUAGAUUGGCAGCAGAGAUUAUCAACAAACAAGAGAUGGUCGAUGGUGAAAAGGGUGUGUUUAUCAUGACCGCAUCGGCUGCCGCCUUUGAAGGUCAACAAGGUCAAUCUGCAUACUCUGCCUCUAAAUCGGCUGUUGUUGGAAUGACACUCCCUUUGGCAAGAGAGUUUGCUCCAUUGGGUAUGAGAGUUAUGACCAUUGCUCCUGGUACUUUUGCAACUCCAAUGUUGUCUGGAUUACCAGAAGCUGCUACCAAAGCAAUUUUAUCGACCAUUCCAUUCCCAAAUAGAUUUGGUCAAGGAUCAGAGUUUGCAGCUCUCUGUAUUCAUAUUAUCGAAAAUCAAUAUUUAAAUGGUGAAACAAUUCGUUUGGAUGGUGCACUUCGUUUGGCUAAACUUUAA